UUUCAAGCUAGCCUCCAAUCCAAAGUUGAGCUGCAAUGCAAGAGGCCGAGCGUUUGGUCCUCAGCUCAACUUAACCCUAGCUGCCUCUCAUCUUCUUCCAAUGUCGAUGAUCUCUCGCAUUUGGCGGAAGCUGAUCGAGUACUGUGGCCGAGGAUUAGGGCCUUGAUAGAGGGAAGUGUUGUGUGGGACGGCGUCUACUUUGUCCGGAUUGCAGAGUGUGGUUAUGAGUACGAGCAGACCUAUGCUUUCCUGCCCCUCCUUCCUCUGUCCAUCUCCUUGCUCUCUCGUUUCGUUUUCGCUCCUUUGAUCCCUGUGAUUGGAUACAGAGCUGUACUGGUGCUAUCGGGUUAUGUUCUGAAUAACAUUGCGUUUAUUCUUGCUGCCAUUUAUUUCUACAAGUUAUCACUUUUAAUAUUGAAGGACUCAACAACUUCUUUGCAAGCAUCUGUCUUGUUUUGUUUCAACCCUGCUUCUAUAUUCUACUCAUCAAUAUAUUCAGAGAGCCUUUAUGCGUUAUUUUCAAUUUGGGGUAUAUUCUAUUUAUUUUCUGGUUCGAAUGCUAUGGCCAUGCUCCUCCUUGCUGUGUCUGGUGCAGCUAGGUCAAAUGGAGCCAUUAAUGCUGGAUAUUUUUGCUUUAAGGCAUUGCUUCAAACCUAUGAUGCCAUCACCUAUAAAAGAAGCAUCAGACUUGGUCUGCAGGCUAUUGUUAAUGGAGCUGUUUGCUCAGUUUGUCUGUUAGUUCCAUUUGCUGCUUUCCAAGCUUAUGGAUACUACAAUAUAUGCUUUCAUGGUGCUUCAGAUGGGUUGAGACCAUGGUGUAGCUCGAGAGUACCUAAUUUGUAUGGUUAUCUUCAAAGUCACUACUGGGGCGUUGGCUUCUUGAAGUAUUUUGAAGUGAAGCAGCUGCCCAAUUUUCUUCUCGCAUCUCCCAUACUCACCAUUUCCAUUGCCUCGGUUAUUUAUUAUGCAAGUUUACUGCAGCAAAGUCUUCAUUCAUUCAGAAUUACUUCUGAUCCACAUGGGAAAGAUCAUUCUGGAGAACUUAUUUCUUCAGAUAAUAGCUCUACUUCUUUGGAGUUUAAAGAAACAGGGAAUCAUGAUUUGCGAAGGAGGAAAAGUGGGAAUAAACCAAUGUCUUCUAAGAAUUCUCAUUUUGUGGAGCUUGAAAUAGAUUCCUUCAUCAAAUUUAAAAAAGGAUACUGCUCCCUCUUGAUCUUUCCAUUCAUUCUUCAUCUGGGAUUCAUGUCAUUCAUGGCACUCUUUGUAAUGCACGUUCAGGUGGCUACAAGAUUUUUGUCUGCCAGCCCACCUAUUUACUGGUUUGCUUCAUAUUUACUGCUCUCUCCAGGCACAACUUCAAGAAGAAUUGGUUAUUUGAUUUGGUCAUACUCCAUUGCUUACAUUCUUCUUGGUAGCCUUCUCUUCUCAAAUUUCUACCCAUUCACAUGAUGUAUGGUUAGAAAUAUGGGGCAUUUACAUACAUACCACCCAAUUCCUAUGUAUUUACAUUUCUAACACCAAAACUUUAUUAUUUACGCUAAACUAUUUAUAUGGGGUUAUGUUAGUCCUAGAGUUAUGAAAGUGCUAAAUUAGUCCCCAAACUUUUUUUUAAUGUUUUAA